AUGUUUGCUCUUGGUACAGUUAAUAUGAUUGUGAAAAACUUAUUGGCUCUGAUCCCUACCGGAUCAUUGAUAUUACUUUUUACUAACGGAAUUCGAAACCUCGGAUCAUUUAUUGGUAAUAACGCAGCAACUCUUGUUCUGGGAGGACUUCUUGGCCGCGCACAUCAGUGCAUUGAAGGCCAGAAGGCUCUCCGGAUUGCUCAAGAUGCUGCUGCAACUGCCAGGAUGGACGCCGACGACGACCUUUUCUACGCCACCGAAAUGAUCUCCUUCCUGAAGGAGGACUGGAUGGAGGCUCAGGAGGAGAACCUUUUCCUUUGUGAUGAGAUCAACGACGUGAAUUUCAACGAAGCAGUUCUAAUACAAACGAAUGAAGACUUACUCGACCAGCUACUGGAAGAAAAACAUAACAUUGAAAAGCGAGGUAAAGACUGUGACUCUGCUGAAGAGGAGAAUAAACAUCUGAAGAAGAAGCUCGCAGAGUUGCAGGAAUCACUAAUCCAGAAGGAAAAGAAGAUAGAAAAUCUCAACGAGCACCUCGCAGGGAAAGAGAAAGAAUGCCAGGAGAAUCGAGAAAAAGUCGAAGAACUAAAGAGACAAGCUGAAGACAACGAUUUCUACUGUGGGUACCUGGAAGAGAAGAUAAAGGCCCACGAAGUCGAAAGAAAGAGACUGAACCAGGCGGCCGCAGAACUCGAGGAGAGAUUGCGAGUCUCACAGCGAGAACCUGUCUCUGUUCUCACAAGAAAUCGUGAUCUAGAGAAAAAUCACGGUCAUGAGACGCAGGAGAAUCGAGGUCUUCAGAAGGUCCAUAUCAUGGAAGCCAGAGUUCAGUCGCUUCCUAAGGAGAACACAAACGAAAAGCAUAAGAAUAUUGCUUUGGUUGAAGAGGCCAAGGCAAAAGGAAACAUGCUCUACAAGCUUGGACGCCUGGAAGAAGCUUGUGAAUGUUUCUUCAGAGUAAUGGAUAUGGCCGAUGACCAAGCGGACUACAGGCUGAGACUGGGAUUGUGUCUCUUGUUGCUUGGCAGACACAGUGAAGCUUUGGUCCAGCUUGAGGAAUUAGAUGGUCAACAUGACUUGGUUGCAGCCGCCAAAGCCCUGCAAAGGAUGCAAUGUUACGGGUGCCCCUACUACAUCCUAGGAAUUGCAGAGAAGGCUGAUUUGAAGGAAAUAGACUGGGCCUACAGGAAGCGGGCACUACAGUUCGACCCUGAUAGGUGCCAAGGGUCUCAAGAACAACAACGCAGAAAGGAAAUCAUGCAGAAGGUCAACUAUGCCAAUGAUCUCCUGCAUGAUUCUGAAGGAAGAGGAGAAUACAACGCUGUCAGGGAGUUCAUCAAGGACCUGGCAGCUAAAGUGUCAAGUUCCUUCAGAGACAACGAGGACGAAGAAGAAACCUGGAAGGACAAUGAAGAGGACGAACACCAGAGGAAACUAGGAAGAAAAAACAGGAGAAACAGCCCCUGA